AUGGCACAUAAAAUGAGUGCAGUGCUCCUGGCACUGGUCUCGUUAUUUCUACUGGACUCUGCUCAUUCAUUUCCGCGAUUUCGUCCCGCUGCUGCGGGAAUAAGCGGUAAAGAACAGUCUGAUGUUGUGGUAGGUUUGAACUUAUAACUUUCUUUAGAACAUCUAAACAUGUUAAAAUAUGCCUAUAUAUUGUAUUUAUUAAAAUAUUGAGUAUAUUAUGUGCGCAGUGCCAAAGGCAUUUCGUUGUAAGACGAUAGGCUAUAUUUAGCAAAGUCAUAUCUUCAAUUUUCAUAUGUUUUCAAUGAUUUUCGAUUUUUGCGUUAUAGUUAUACUUAUACUUAUAUGGAGUAUUGUUUCAGCAAAAAAACGUCAGACGGAUUGUGAAAACAAUCUAUAAUAGUAGUCUUCUCUGUCAGUAAGCGAAUGAAUUUUUAUCAAAUGCUUCAAGAUUAGUAUUUCGUCAAAGGAAAGGUCAAACCUAAUUAUACACGGUAAAAAAGAAACACCGUUUUUAAUUAGCAAAGUUUAAUCCUCCAAUAGAAACUAACCAUGAUUGUGUAUUGUAAAACAGCGGUAAUAAUAUAGAUAGAGGAAGAUUUAAUGCUGUCCCACCUAGCCAUCUGUUGUUUAUAUGUCUACCCAUCCGUUGUCUAUAUAUCUACCCAUAGUUAAUAUAAUUAUAUUAACUAUGAUCUACCCACGCGAGGUGAUCAGCAUUGAUAGUUUUGUUUGUAUAGCACUUUAGUUGACUUCUUAAAAUUAAUUUCGUAAACGCUUAUUUCAGUUUUCAUUACUCACCAAGAAGAACAAGUUCGCAAAAUGUAAAAACAAACUGAUUUAGUUAUCUUUAUAUUACCAUUGUUACUGUUAUUAGAGCGGGGGUUUUUUCAAAUUAGUAAUGCAUAGUUUAAAUUGUUGAAUUGCUCGGACAAUGCUGAGCCGUUGCCAAGUAUGUCGUAUUUUAAUCUUGAAAGAGCCAAGGUUGUCGCCAAAACGUCAGCAUCGUACGAUAAAAGAUUAUUGUAAUUAUAGUAUCACGAGGCUAUUUCGUCAAGAGGGUUUUGACAUGGUACUUGAAAAUACUUGAGCCAUUUUCCGCUUUUUUUCAAAUUUUUCCUUAUAUAUAUAAUAUAGGCCAAUAUAUACAGCCAAUUCAAAAAAGAUUGUCCUUCAAAAAUCUAGCUGAAACUUUAACCGCGCAGGUUAUGAUGGUUAACUUUCUACUUAGAGUCUUAAAUUCGGGAAAUUUGCUUUGCAACAAUGCUGCCUGGCUUGGCUGGCUAUAUGGCAUAUAAUGAACAAACUCCACUAAGAUGUGGCACGUAUCAGAUAAAUUAGCAUAAUAGGAUACAUUUAUUAAGCCGCUAAUUUAUUUUAAGUUAGGCUAAUUAAUUAUAGGCUAAUUUAUCUGAUGAGUGCCACAUCUUGUGGUACGAAACUAAAUGGUGAUUAAAGAUGCCUAGUGGAAUGAAUAAUUUUGGACACAGCUUUGUACAAGAAAUUCGUGCUAACGUUUGCACAAACAUUAUUUUUUUACAAUCUUUGUCAGAUAAAUGACAGGUUAUACGCACAGAGCUGAUAUAAGUGAUAAUUAAUGACAACACGAUUUAACAGAGAGACUAGACAAGGGAUGACAUGAAUGACAUUUAACACAGAUUGUUUUGAAAGUUUGUGGCACACCAAUGUCAUAAAUUUCUUCAGACAUUAGUUCUGAAAGUGUUUAAAGAGAUUUAUACAUUUAAAUUGAUUAAUAGAGAGAUUUGAUUGACGUAAAUCCGAUGGUAAACAGUUAAAUGUCCUAGAAGAUCUGCAAUAAAAACUGUUUUGAAAUGUGACGUAACAUGUCUUCUUCAUCAUUUCCUAUGUUCUUAUACCCUCUCUUCCUGUACGUUCGACUCAGAGAAGUGGAAUAUCCUGCGUCAGGAUAAUCCACUAGAUCCACCAAGGCGUGUUCAGUCUUCUGAGUGUGUAUAUUAUACCAAUCUUUGUGUAAAAACGGAAAAUAACAGGAUAAUAAAGCGAACAUGCGCGAUAAAUAUUCGAUAAUAAAUUUCACGCUGACGUCUCAAAGUUCCUGAGAUGAAUUGAAUAAUAACUAUAGUUUAAAAUUAAUCAUUAUUAUCAACGAUUUUAUGCAAUUACUAUCAAACGUGGGCAAUUUUGGAUAGAGAGGGUUUAAACAUGGUGCUGCGCAUGCUGACCAAUUUCAAAUGCACUUGCAGUACAUGGUGGUAUUUCAGCAUUUGCUCCCCCCCCCCCCCCCCCCCCACCUCCCACUAUGCAGUGACUUUUCGUCUUUACAUUUACACACAUUAUAUAUACGUACAUGCGUAUUUAAAAUAUUUGUUACACUUGUUGUAUUUUUCAAAAUACUAAAUUUUCUUCUUCUACAGAGUUUCAUGAUGAGUUAUGGCUACCUUGAGCCAAAAGACCCGACGUUGGGUGAAUUUCGUACGAAAGACGAUCUCGUCAGAGGAAUUAAACAACUACAACAGUUUGCUGGACUUAGAGCGACAGGCAUUAUCGACGAAGAGACAGUGAAGCUGAUUAAGAAACCAAGAUGUAGCAUGCCUGACUUUGGACCCAGUGACAGGAUGAGACGAAGAAAACGAUAUGCUUUACAUGAUUCUCGAUGGAAAAAACUUGUAAGUUGUACAGAUAUAUUACGUUUAAAACCUCGGUCAAAUGAGGAUGAGAGUUGAAAAGAGUUGCAGCUCUUCCUCGCGUUUGACCGCCAACUCUCAUCGACUCUCAGUUGACUUUGGACUGGUUCAAAUUUUGAAGAGAGUUGAUGAGAGUUGAGAGAUCCAGUCAACUCUCAUCAACUCUUGUUCUCGUAUAUGGCCUAAAAUUCUAUACUAGUUUCUUUUUCUGAAAUCAGAAAGCUGACCAUGGGUUGUGUUGGAACUACAGUUCCUAAAAUGUUAUUAAAGACAUGUAACCUUUCAUGGGAAUUAGACAUGCAGCGUUUCAACGUUCAGUAAUAGUUAAUUUCUGAUAAAAGACUGGCCUGGCCAUCAUGAAAAACUUCGGAGAGUGGUUUGGAUCUUUCCACGUAGUUCAGACCCAAACUAUGGCAGCUUUGAUUGAAGAAUAUUCCCUACACUUGACUCACGUUUAACUGAUAUCAAGCAAACCAAAUAUUGGAAUAGCAAACAACGAAAUUACUGAUAAAUAACUUAUUUCACAAUUUCAUUUACAGCAUUUAACAUACAGAGUUUUAAACACCUCUACAUUGGAACUGACUAAACAGCAGGUCAAAACCACGGUACGCAAAGCUUUCGACAUGUGGACCAAAGUCUCGCCCCUUACAUUCAGAGAGAUUUAUGUCGGACAGGCUGAUAUUAUGCUUAGCUUCGAAGCACGUAGUCACGGUGAUGGAUAUCCUUUUGAUGGCAAGGGAAACAGGAUUGCGCAUGCGUUCUAUCCUCACGAUAAUGUUGGUAAGUCCUAAUAAGUCUUGUAAUGCUUAUGAUAUUUUCCUAUAUUCUAAAUUAACGUUUUACUGGAUAGCUCUAAUGACUGCUCUAUCAGUUCUAAAUAGAUGUCUGGUAUAAGGGUUGUCCCUUUUUGGUCCAGUGUUACUGCAGGAGGUAACUGUACCUCUCAGAGAAAACCUAUGGUGUUUGUUGGAGUCAAACUGGAAGCAUUCUUCUCACAUGUGACUGAGGUGAAAUUAUAAUCAGCCAACUGCAUAUUGCAGGGAUGGAAACUCUGGUGAAAGGCACACACACUAACCGUUGUCAGCUACAAACACCCAAACAAUAGUCUACUAGUAUAAAAGCUUCAAACAUUUAAGCCAUAUAUUUGCCUGAAGUAAGUUAUCUCUAUUGAAUAUGCAUUAUUUAUUAAAAAUACGUAUAAUACUUUUAGGUGAAGAUGGCGACGUUCAUUUUGACGACGAAGAGCACUGGACGCUAGACAAACCCGGCGUCGGUACGGAUUUCAUGUGGACAGCAGUUCACGAGAUCGGUCAUGCUAUUGGAGUGGACCACUCAACGUACUGGGAUGCCAUUAUGUACCCAUACUAUACUGGUUUUAAAGCUAACUUGAAACUACACGAAGAUGACAUUAUGGCAAUAGAGGCUAAAUAUGGUAAUUGUUUUUCUUAUCAUGUAACAUUUAAGAUUAAACUCUGCAGUUAUUGGCGGGUUACAGGAAGCAUUACCGACCAACAACUGACGGUCAACUUCAGACAUUUUCAAGUUAAACUACUUCUAUUAAUUAUAUUUCUUCAUCUCGAAAUACAAGACUAUACUAUUACUAUACAUAUAAUGACAAUAAUUCAUUUGUGGCCUGUCUUCGCUAUAUGAUCGCAGGAUAUAUUUGACAACUAAUCUGUCUGAGGAAACUUGCUGUACUUUCACAAGCUACAUGACCUAUUGCCUGAGCUCAAUGAAUCCAUCAUUAACGUAUUACGAAAUAGCUAUAAGCGUAAAUUCAGUGCUCUCAGCUUCUGUAAAACCAAUAGACUAAAAAACAGUUUCAUAUACAAUGGUUCAGUAAACAUAUUCAGCUUUUUAGCUGCAAUUUCAUAAACUUAAUACAGUAUCUAUCUAUCUAUUUAUCUAUCUAUCUAUCUAUCUAUCUAUCUAUCUAUCUAUCUAUCUAUCUAUCUAUCUAUCUAUCUAUCUAUCUAUCUAUCUAUCUAUCUAUAUAUCUAUCUAUCUAUCUAACUCUAACGUUAUUUUCUCCUUGUAUAAUAAUUGCCAUUUGACCACCAUUGUCACACCAUUGUGCUUAUCGUUUUUCUCUAACCCUGUGUUUUCUAAAUUUGUAGGAAAGAAACAAGAUCCCACUAUACCUCCAACAAUCGAUCCUUCGUUAAAAUGCAGUGAUCCCAGUCCUUGUAAAACAUCAUUUGACGCGGUCGUCCACAGCAGCGACGGAAAUACGUACUUCUUUAAAGAACCGUACUUCUGGACGCUGGAUAAAUACAACAGGGCGCUACGAGGAAAAAAAAUUGUGGAUCAUUGGCCAGGACUUCACCCUAGAGUCCAGGCUGUUUAUACAAGACGUGACGGAAAGACUGUCUUCUUUAAAGGAAGAAAGUAAGAUAUUUUACUGAUUUAAACUUUGAAAAUUAUUGGGGAGAUUUGUACAUGGCAAAAGUUCAAUUCUUUUUGCCAGACCUUAGGGAGAAACAGUUUAGAACUCGUAUAUUGAUAUCCACUGUAGUUCUAGUCAGUUUAAUUCAUGUUUCUUCUUUAGUAACACUUGAUCAAUAAGGGGUAGUACUAUACAGAAGGUUUAGUUUAGAACUCAUAUAAGAGUUAUCCAAAUAGAAAUCUAAGAGUUAUCCAAAUAGAUUUCAAUUCUUCAUACAUGAGUUUGAGUAAGGAACUGAUAACUAACAAAAAGAAAUGUUUUAGGUACUGGGUUUUCGAAGGUAAAACGCGUAUUGAAGGUCCUAAAUAUAUCACGGAAUAUGGCCUCCCGUUAACGUUAAAGCGUCUGGAUGCAGCUUUCAUUUGGGGCGGAAACGGCAAGACCUAUUUCUUCAAGGGAGACAAAUAUUGGCGAUAUAACGAGCAAAUGAAAAAAAUCGAUCCAGGCUACCCCAAGAAUAUCUCUGCAGGUUGGGGAGCUGUGCGUUAUCCUGUCGGCGCUGUUAUGACAUGGAGUGAUGGUAAUACGUACUUCUUUAGCGGACACAACUUCUCCAAAUAUGAAUUCCGUAAAUGGCAUGUUUAUCGACCACAGAAGAGUUCAGAGUUUUUCUUCAAAUGUCAAGAAUGUGAGGAUGAUGAGAAAGUCGAAGUUGCUGUAAAAGAGACAGACGUUAAUGCAAAAAAGAAGGACGAUAGUGGCGUCUUAAAAACAACUGUGUUUGCACCUCUCAUCCUUUUGCUCGCCAGUUUUUCAUCACUUUUCAAUUAUUGAUAAUUGGUCGUUGUUUUAUUUGAGCCGUCCAGUACCGUUUUGAGCUCAGCAGGAGCGAAAUUGAACGUUUAAAAAAAUACAACUUUAUGUUUGUAUGGAAUAUUUCGCCUUUGUUGUCAGGAAGAACAAUAAAAAACAAGGAAUACAAACUUGUGUGUAAAAAAGGAGAACGUGUCGAUAUUUUAAUGUAAGAUAGUCUGUAAAUAUAUAUUAAUUUAUAUUGAAAGUGAUGGCGUUCGAAAUGUUUUGAAAAAUCUUUUUUUGAUAUGAUAUAUGAAAUAUACAUAUGAAAAACAUGUGAAAUUUUACAUUUAAUCUGAAAAGAACAACUUACAUCUAUAUAGGAAAGCAAUUACAAACAUUUAAUCUUAACGUUUUCUCGUUCUUGACUUAUAGGGGCUGCAUGUAGACAAAUAUUCUAAUUUUUGCAAUUUAGUUAGUUAACGUUAUUUAUUUAUUUAACUAUAUAAUAUUUAUAUAAUAUUUUAAAAUGUCAAUAAUUUAUAAAAAAUAAUAUUAAACUAAUAGUUUUACAAAAUGUACACUUUUGAUUCGUUGUUUAAUUUAUACUCGGUUGAUUUUGUGUUUGACUGCUAUUCACUGGCACUAUCGGCCAGUGUAAAAAGAGCCUCGAGCCACAGAAAAGGAAGUUAUACCAGAAGCGUAACUCUAGUCGUUUCCCUUAUUGUUUGACGUCCACGAAAAUUUUAACUCGCUCACGUCAGGCCACGCCAUCCUGGCUAGUACAGCCGGAAGUUUUUAUCAGGAUUUGGUAGGUACAAAGUGCCGGUUGUACUAGCCAGGAUGGCGUGAUUGAUGACGAAUCGCUUGUAAAAACGCGGACAAAUAUUUGCUCGAGUUACGCUUCUGGUAUAACUUCCUAUUCUGUACUCGAGCCGUCGAGGCCGAGGGAGCCGAGAAGCCCUGGGAACGAGGAUGCGUACAGACGAGCCGCUUUCAUUUACAAUUAAGAGGAGAUUUUUUUGUAUGUUACGUAACACGCGCUCAAAACUAAUGCGUAUAAUAUAUCACUUGAGGUUAUGACUAAAUUCAAAAUUUCUAUUUUUCGAUACGUUUCUCAAUCGGCAAACAAACUUAAAAAGUAUGUUCAGUGCUUUAUUUGUAAAAUAAUGCUAAAAUGAAGAGAUUUUAGACGAUACGCCAAAGAGAAAAUGAUGUCUGAAAUUCAGUAAGUUUUGCUUAUAUGGUUGUAAAUAUAGCGUCACUUUUAAAGCAUCGUUGAUAAUUGUAUUUUAAUUGACAAUUUUUAACUAUUAUUUUAUGUUUCUCAAUCGGCAGAUGCAUUUAAAAUGGUAGCUAACUCUAUAAACUAGAGAAUAAAGCUAAAGAUUUUAGGUUUUGAACACUUUUCAUUGCAAAUACGUGACAUUGAAAAAAUUUGCCUCUUAAAGACAAUACAACUCGAUACAAGUUACAACUUCCUUGUACCACCCUAUAGCUUAAAGUACACUUCUUAAUUAAAUAAAAAAUAUCUGAGAGUGGGUUAGGUCUACCAAAGAAACGGCGUGGCUUGACAUCAUAGAAACGCCGCGAAUGUUCUUGAGAGUUCAGUCUUGCGAUACUGCAGCACGUUUUGAGUUUUUAACUGGCGACCUACAUCUUUGCCAAACACAAGCCCAGGAACACGCUUGAUUAUAGUGAGAUAUAUCAUCCUCAUAGCCUCAUUAAAACCAGAAACACUUAGUUUUUACUUUUUGUUGAAAAAAACUCCAUAUAUGGCGUUGAAUUUGCUUACCCUCUGCUGAGAAGUAAUGCUGAUCUCUUGAGAGUGGGCUGACCGCUUGGCUAAUAUAUGCAUUUGACUUUGUCUUUGUAGAUUAAUCGGUAUAAAAAUACGCCACAUUCGAAUAUUCGAUACAUCUAGCUGUCACAGUGAUUUUGCAAUAGGAAAUAAUUCCAAGCAGGAAGUGUGAGUAGCUUAAUACGUCAAUUUGGUUUGACAUAAAUUAAGCUACUAAAGUUCCUGUGUGAUUUGCUGUGUUAAUACAGCUUGUGAGUUCAAUAUCGGUUUAAAAAUGGCGUGUAAAACAUCCUGUGUUCUGCUGGUGUUGUAUUCUUGUAUAUUAUGGACGAUUAUCCACGGUAGUCCAGUACGUGACAAAGUUACCAGUCGCGAUCGAGUAUCUGCAGUGGUUAGUAUAUGCAUGGUAUUUAUAGUUGUCAGUUAUAUACAUGCAGUCACAACUUUGCUUUAAACAGGGCGAAACAUUUGACUUGACAUUGCUCAGUCGAAGUGAUUUGUUAAACUAUUGAUCAGAUAGUCUUGACUUUAAAUUUAGAAUAUUUUUUGAAUAUUUGACAAUUGACGGAUCCGGAUAAAACUUGUCUACUAGAAAUUGCCGGAACCGUUGAAUAAAUUAACAGAAUAUACAACGAUUGAGCAAGGUUACAACGUAUUCUAUAGCACAAAAUGUUCAUAUUCUCUCAGAGUUAUAUCGUAGUUAACUGUGUACAGGAAUGCUCGUUUACACUUCAUAUUUAGAUAAAAUAUACAAUAACUAAGAAGUAUGUUUGUAGUUGACUGCAAAUUGGUAUUUGAUAAGUAUUUGUUGAUAUAUUUAUGAUUUUACCACCAAGGACAAAAGUCAAGCGGUAGCUUCAAAAUUGCGAAAUAUAUCGCUUCAUUGGAGUUAUUAUAACAUUGCAUCAUUUCAAAAUUUAGUGCUGAAGGUGCUAGAUAAUAUGCUAAUAUGGUGUUGCUUAAUUUCAUUUAAUUUAGAACUACCUAACAAGGCUUGGUUACCUCAGUAUGCCGGACGCGAGGGCAGGUCAACCUCUUACCAAUGAAGAAUUAGGUGAGGGGAUUAAAAUGUUUCAGCAAUACGCUGGUAUUCCGAUGACUGGUAUUAUUGAUGAGAAAACAAUGGGGAUGAUGGCAUUGCCAAGAUGUGGAAUGCCAGAUUUUGGAAGAUCCGAUAUAACCAAAAGAAAAAGACGAUAUGCUGUCCAGGGAACUGUCUGGCGGAAAAAGGUGGGUUUGCAUUUGGAAAUGCAGGUUGAUCUCAGUGAAACAGAUAUGAGUAGAUGUCUGCCUGUCUGUCUGUCUGCCCGCCCGCCCCUCUGUACGUCAGUCCGUCCGUCCGUCUGUCUUUAAAUUUUUAAAGUAUUAAAAUAUAACAGCAUGUAGACCUAUCUUUAUCUUCUGCAACCUCGUUCCCAGGCUCUUCUCUCUACCUUCUGCUUUCAAAUAUUUUUUUCUGUAGUUUUCUUCAACUUUAUCCCUUUCUUAUCCACUGAUUCAUUCUGUUUAUACUUCUCUUUACUCUUUCGCUUUACAUUCCCACUGAAAAAACUUUACCUUUAUACAUCGUUAUAACCAAAUUUAAACCCAGUAUUACUUCCGUGACAUACAAAGAGUGAAUCAGUGCAUUUGAGGAUCACGAAUCCUCGGGGUUCAUCAAAUCCCUUUCUUUUCCAGGAACUAACGUACAUGAUCGAGGGAGGACCAAACAACACGAUGUCUGAGUCAGAAGUUGAAAAACAAGUAGAAAAGGCUUUCAAAGAAUGGGAACGUAUCUCAAGCUUAAAGUUCUUCAAUAGUACAGAUCCGAAAUCUGAUAUUCUCGUAAGAUUCCGAUCUGGAAUGCACAAUGAUGGUCAUCCAUUCGAUGGUGCUGGUGGAUCCCUCGCUCAUGGAUUUUAUCCACAUAAUAAUGAAGGUUGGUAGCCAAUGUUGUUUUCAAUGUUCAAAAAUUCUUUUUCCUUUUCAAUGCAGUUUUUAGUUCUGAAAAAAUAAACUCUUGCAGGGACACCAUAUUAUGUUAAAACUGUAGUGAGCCUCUCAACCAAAUGAUACUAAGACAUAUAUAAAUCUUUUGUUUGCUAACAUUCAUAUCUUUGUCGAUUUUUCUGUGUACAGGACUUUCAGGAGAUAUCCAUUUCGAUGACGAUGAAACUUGGAUUUUAACUAAAAAUAAACAAGGAACUGACUUUUACUGGACUGCACUUCACCAAAUAGGACAUGCCCUAGGACUGGAUCAUUCUAAAUAUAAAGAUGCAGUCAUGUAUCCAUUUUAUACUGGCUUUAAAGAAAACUUACGUCUUAAUGAAGACGAUGUUCAAGGAAUUCAUUAUCUCUACGGUAAGAAUAGCUUGGCGAAAUAUUAGCAAAAUAUUUUAAGGAGGGAAACGGCGAUAAGACUUGCAUGCCAGUCUAGCUCUUUCUUCAGCUUGGUUCUGUUUAACAUGAGAACAUUCAAGAGCAUUUACUACCAGGCAGCGUGUGUAUACAAGUCAAGUUAACAUGAUCUUUCCUCUCUUUAGGCAUGCCUGCAAUAAAAGUCGAAACAGGGGCACCCGAAACUGGUCCAACCAAUACCAGUCUUUAUUCAGGAGUGCGACACGCAUGCUCCGUGCCGUCAUUCGACGCAGUGUUUGCUGAUGCGAACAAAAUUACUUAUUUUUUUUCUGGCAAAUAUUUCUGGAUUGUUCGGGAGUCUGGAAAACGCGAAGGAGCUUUCGCUAUAAAACAGAAUUGGCCAAAACUGCCAGCUGAAGGCAUUGAUGCCGCGUAUCAAUCUGAGGGCAAAACUAUGUUCUUCAAAGGCAAAAAAUAAGUCUUGUGAUUCAAUACCAAACUAACUGGUUUACACUGUCUAUCAAAAUUUCUGUGAUCACAGUAGGAAUUUUGCAUCGGUAAAUUCUAAGUUUUUAUUGCUCGGUAAUUUUAUAUUCAUCUCUACAUUAUGUACAUACCGCAUUAAGCUUUGUGUGUGAACGUUCAAACUUGAGAAUAAUUCAAUCGUUUGUAAUUGUCCACUCCGUCUGUUACAGUUGUUCGGUGUACAAAGGAACGCGGUACUUAUCAGGGCCUGUAGCCAUCUCUAAACAAUUCAAGAAUCUUGGUUUUUCAGUUGCAAGCAUCGAUGCAGCAUUUGUGUGGGGAGCGAAUGCGGGCAAGACCUAUCUUUUCUCAGGGGACCACUACUGGCGAUACAACGAAGCAUUUGAUAUGAUGGAUAUGGGUUAUCCCGCCAAGAUAAACGACUCCUGGGUGGGUGUACCAAAUAACCUGGACUCUGCUAUGACCUGGUUCAACGGAAGAACAUAUUUUUUCAAACGGAACGGAUUCUGGAUCUUUGAUAACCUGGAUAUCCGGACCACUCACACAGAGCCCAUGAUGACCAACGCUUACUGGAUGAAAUGUCUCUACGGUAAGAAUAUAGCUUGAAUAAACAAGUGAUAAUUAACUUCAGAAAUUUUCAAGUUAAACUACUUCUAUUAAUUCUAUUUCUUCACAUCGAAAUACAAGACUACUACAUAUAAUGAAAAUAAUUAAUUUGUGGCCUGUCUUCGCUAUAUGAUCACAUGAUAUAUUUGACAAUGAAGUCUAAGCUAUCUGAGGACACUUGCUGUAAUUCCAAAAGCCACAUCAUCUAUUGCCCGAGCUCAAUGAAUCCACCGUUAACUUAUUCAAAGAAAUAGGCGUAAAUUCAGUGUUUCCUUGUGUAGUUGUGCCAACCAUGCAGUAGACUUGAAAAACAGAUUCACAUUCAACGAUUCAAGUAAACAUAUGUUUUAGAACAGUUUUUUGAAUACUUACUAUAGGAUUUUAAUAACAUACAUUAUAUAAAUUUUGUACACAAUUCAACUUUUUAGCUGCAAUUUCAUAAACUUAAUACAGUAUCUAUCUAUUUAUCUAACUCUAAUGUUAUUUUCUGCUUGUAUAAUAACUGCCAUUUGACCACCAUUGUCACUGACACCAUUGUUCUUAUUAUUUUUCUCUAACACUGUGUUUUCUAAAUUUCUAGGAAAGAGAGAGGAUCCCACUACUCCUCCAACAAUCGAUCCCUCAUUAAAAUGCAGUGAUCCCAGUCCUUGUAAAACAUCAUUUGACGCGGUCGUCCACAGCAGCGACGGAAAUACGUACUUCUUUAAGAAACCGUACUUCUGGACGCUGGAUAAAUACAACAGGGCGCUACGAGGAAAAAAAAUUGUGGAUCAUUGGCCAGGACUUCACCCUAGAGUCCAGGCUGCUUAUACAAGACGUGACGGAAAGACUGUCUUCUUUAAAGGAAGAAAGUAAGAUAUUUUACUGAUUUAAGCUUUGAAAUUUAUUGGGGGGAUUUGUGCAUGGCAAAAGUUCAAUUCUUGCAGUUGUUUCAUUAUAAUUUCGCCCCAUGUGAGACUGAGAGCGCUUCUAGUUUGACUAUGUCAGAACUUGGGGGUUUUCUCUGGGUACUAGCGCCGAAUUCUUCUUGUAGAAGAGAUGCAUGGUUUUUGCUAGACCUUAGGGGGGAACAGUUUAGAACUCGUAUAUUGAUAUCCACCGUAGAUCUAGUCAGUUUAAUUCAUAGAUAUCAUAUAUACACUAGAUAGCGCAUCUUUUUUAGUAAAAUUGAAGCCAAGAAUAUUCCAGCGGUUACCCCCAUUUGAAUAGAUGGCGGCCAUGUUGGUGUUUCCCACUCGCUAAUAAACGCUUAAAAAACAACAAUAACUUUCAUCAUUUGAAUAGUUUAAAAAUGUAUUUGGAAUAGGUUUACCUUAAUAUUUAAGUUCCGUGUUUAAGAAAUAGAAAACGUACGAAUCUUCUCAUUUCAUGGGAAUAUCCUGAGUCUGCAAUCACGGCUUCAAUUUUUGAAUUGUAGAAUAAUUAGAUGCACUAUCUAGUGUAUAUAAGAUAUCUAUAGUUUAAUUUAUGUUUCUUCUUUAGUAACACUUGAUCAAUAAGGGGUAGUACUAUACAGAAGUUUUAGUUUAGAACUCAUAUAAGAGUUAUCCAAAUAGAAAUCUAAGAGUUAUCCAAACAGAUUUCAAUUCCUCAUACAUGAGUUUGAGUAAGGAACUGAUAACUAACAAAACGAAAUGUUUUAGGUAUUGGGUUUUCGAAGGUAAAACGCGUAUUGAAGGUCCUAAAAAUAUCUCAGAAUAUGGCCUCCCGUUAACGUUAAAGCGUCUGGAUGCAGCAUUCACUUGGGGUGGAAACGGCAAGACCUAUUUCUUCAAGGGAAACAAAUAUUGGCGAUACAACGAGCAAAUGAAAAAAAUCGAUCCAGGCUACCCCAAGAAUAUCUCUGGAGCUGUGCGUUAUCGUGUUGACGCUGUUAUGACAUGGAGUGAUGGUAAUACGUACUUCUUUAAUGGACGCAACUUCUCCAAAUGUGAAUUCCGUAAAUGGCAUCUUUACCGACCACAGAAGAGUUCAGAGUUUUUCUUCAAAUGUCAAGAAUGUGAGGACGAUGAGAAAGUCGAAGUUGCUGUAAAAGAGACAGACGUUAAUGCAAAAAAGAAGGACGAUAGUGGCGUCUUAAAAACAACUGUGUUUGCACCUCUCAUCCUUUUGCUCUCCAGUUUUUCAUCACUUUUCAAUUAUUGA